CGCGCUGAGAGCUUGAGGACGUGUUUCAACAGAUGGUUGGGGUUAGUGUGUGUCAUCACAUUCGAGUGGGGAUUAAGAGAAGGAAGGCUGCCUCGCUGGAGCUGUGUGGUCCUCUCCAAGUGAGAGUUGCAGGCAAUACAACUCCUUUGCUUUCGGGAGAAGGGGAGGAAUUCAUUUUCAGCAGCCGCAAGAAAAGCAGUUUUUCAGGUGCUGACGGCCACCCACCCCCUGCUGAGGAAGGGAUUUGACAGAACAUGCGGGUUCUUCAAGGCAGAAUAAUUGCAGAAAAUUGCCAGAGGACUCCAUCUGCAGCUGUUCUGAAUACCUCCGAGUCUAGAAAUUGAUUAUUCAACCAGGAUACCUAAUUCAAGACCGCCAGAACUCGGCAGACAGACAUCCUGUCAGCUUUGCGACCUUGGACCGAGUACCAUGAAGUAUCCCUGCCGCGCUCUGGUGUUGGCUGUCCUGGGCACAGAACUGCUGGGCAUCCUGUGUUCGACUGUCAGGUCUGCGAGGUUCAGAGGACGGACCCAGCAGGAACGGAAAAACAUCCGACCCAACGUUAUUCUGGUGCUCACCGAUGAUCAAGACGUGGAGCUGGGGUCUCUGCAGGUCAUGAACAAAACGAGGAAGAUUAUGGAACACGGAGGGGCCACCUUCACCAACGCCUUUGUGACCACACCCAUGUGCUGCCCGUCCCGGUCAUCCAUGCUCACCGGAAAGUACGUGCACAACCACAACGUCUACACCAACAACGAGAACUGCUCUUCGCCCUCGUGGCAAGCAGUGCAUGAACCUCGGACCUUUGCUGUGUAUCUUAACAACACUGGCUACAGAACAGCCUUUUUUGGAAAAUACCUCAAUGAAUAUAAUGGCAGCUACAUCCCUCCUGGGUGGCGAGAAUGGCUUGGAUUAAUCAAGAAUUCUCGUUUCUAUAAUUACACUGUUUGUCGCAAUGGCAUCAAAGAAAAGCAUGGAUUUGAUUAUGCAAAGGACUACUUCACAGACUUAAUCACUAACGACAGCAUUAAUUACUUCAAAAUGUCUAAGAGAAUGUAUCCCCAUAGGCCCAUUAUGAUGGUGAUCAGCCACGCCGCGCCCCACGGCCCAGAGGAUUCAGCCCCACAGUUUUCAAAACUGUAUCCCAAUGCCUCCCAGCACAUAACGCCCAGUUAUAACUAUGCACCCAAUAUGGAUAAACACUGGAUCAUGCAGUACACGGGCCCAAUGCUGCCCAUCCAUAUGGAAUUCACCAAUGUUCUACAGCGCAAAAGGCUCCAGACGCUGAUGUCAGUGGAUGAUUCUGUGGAAAGGCUGUACAACAUGCUGGUGGAGACGGGCGAGCUGGACAACACUUACAUCAUCUACACCGCCGACCACGGUUACCACAUUGGGCAGUUCGGACUAGUCAAGGGGAAAUCCAUGCCGUACGAUUUUGAUAUUCGUGUGCCUUUCUUCAUUCGUGGUCCCAGCGUGGAACCAGGAUCAGUAAUCCCACAGAUCGUCCUCAACAUCGACCUGGCCCCUACGAUCUUGGAUAUUGCCGGCCUUGACACACCUCCUGACGUGGAUGGCAAGUCUGUCCUCAAACUUCUGGACCUGGAAAAGCCAGGUAACAGGUUUCGAACAAACAAGAAGGCCAGAAUUUGGCGUGAUACAUUCCUAGUGGAAAGAGGCAAAUUUCUAAGAAAGAAGGAAGAAGCCAGCAAGAAUAUUCAACAGUCAAAUCACUUGCCAAAAUACGAGCGAGUCAAGGAACUGUGCCAGCAGGCCAGGUAUCAGACAGCCUGUGAGCAGCCUGGGCAGAAGUGGCAAUGCAUUGAGGACACGGCCGGCAAGCUCCGCAUCCACAAGUGCAAAGGACCCAGCGAGCUGCUCACGGCCCGACAGAACACACGCAGCCUCUACCCUCGAGGGUUCCACGACAAGGACAAGGAGUGCGCUUGUCGGGGGCCUGGCUACCGCACCAGCCGGAGCCAGAGGAAGAGUCAAAGGCAGUUCCUGAGGAACCAGGGCGCCCCAAAGUAUAAGCCCAGGUUCGUCCACACCCGGCAGACCCGUUCCUUGUCUGUCGAGUUCGAAGGCGAAAUAUACGACAUAAACCUGGAGGAAGAAGAACUGCAAGUGUUGCAACCGAGGAGCAUUGCUAAGCGUCACGGCGAAGGCCGCCAGGGUUUGGGGAGUCCGCAGGCUGCCGGUGGCGGCCACGGCGACGAGAUGCUGGCAGAUAGCAACGCUGUGGGCCCGCCCACCACCGUCCGCGUGACGCACAAAUGCUUUAUUCUUCCAAAUGAUACAAUCCACUGUGAAAGGGAACUAUAUCAAUCAGCCAGAGCCUGGAAGGACCACAAGGCUUACAUUGAUAAAGAGAUUGAAGCACUGCAAGAUAAAAUUAAGAAUUUAAGGGAAGUGAGGGGACACCUAAAGAGAAGAAAACCCGAGGAAUGCAGCUGCGGUAAACAGAGCUACUACAAUAAAGAAAAAGGUGUAAAAAGGCAAGAGAAGUUGAAGAGCCAUCUUCACCCGUUUAAGGAGGCCGCCCAGGAAGUGGACAGCAAGCUGCAGCUCUUCAAGGAGAACCGUCGGAGGAAGAAGGAGAGGAAGGAGAAGAAGCGCCAGCGGAAGGGGGAAGAGUGCAGCCUGCCCGGCCUCACCUGCUUCACACACGACAACAACCACUGGCAGACGGCCCCGUUCUGGAACCUGGGAUCAUUCUGUGCUUGCACAAGUUCUAACAAUAACACCUACUGGUGUUUGCGCACAGUUAAUGAGACGCAUAAUUUUCUUUUCUGCGAGUUUGCGACUGGCUUUUUGGAGUAUUUUGAUAUGAACACAGAUCCUUAUCAGCUCACAAAUGCAGUGCACACGGUAGAACGGGGCAUUCUGAAUCAGCUGCACAUACAGCUGAUGGAGCUCAGGAGCUGCCAGGGGUAUAAACAGUGCAACCCAAGACCGAAGGGCCUGGAAGCUGCAGGAAAUAAAGAUGGAGGAAGCUACGACCUGCACAGAGGGCAGCUAUGGGAUGGAUGGGAAGGCUAAUCUGUCCAGACGCGCUGCAGACACCAACCGGCAAGGCCUGGCAGUUAGCGUGAAC